AAUAGAUUUUUAUGUAUCUUUUAUUUGAUUUUUUUAAAUAUUGAACAAAAUUUUUUAGGGUUGUUAGAAUUAAAAUUAAGAUUAAAUUUGAUAGUAUGACAAUAUUUGAACAAUUUCCCCUUACAAAGAAAUUAUUAGUCAAUUAACCAUUUUGCAAUCCGAUCAAAUUAAGCGUGGUUUGACAUUGUUUUCUUUUGGGGAGGCGGUGAACUCAAGCAUUUGAGAAAUCAGAAACAGAGUGAAAAAUGGCGAGAGAGAAAACAAGCCCUGGUUUAAAGAUCCUCUGGGUCUGGACCAUCGGCACCGCUGCCAUUUUGGUUACAAAUGUAAUGAGGACUAGACUGAGAGACAUGGAGAAAGUAAUGAGCGCUCAACAACAGCAACAAGAAGGUGUUACUCCUGAUUCAGUCAUACUUGACACCUCACCAGAGUCUAAUGAGGGAAUUGUUAGAGAAGUUAAAUGAUAGGUUUGAUUUUCAUUUUCAUUUCUAUUUCUUCUGUUUUGAAUUGAUUUUGCGAUAUAAGUUCUGAAUUGGGACUGGAUUCGUGGGUUUUUUUUUUCUCUUUUAAAUUCUGCAUUGUUGAACUUUGUGAGGGUGUGCCAUGUGUUUGCUGAAAUGUAUAACCGAACUAUUUUGUUUAUUAAUUGAGUUACCAGCUACCUCUGAA